CCUGUUUCUUACCUCACUUUUUUUUCAUCUGCAGUUGGGAUAAUCCGCUGUCCAGUGUGCAGUCAGGAGUGUGCCGACAAAGACAUCAUAGAAAACUACUUUGUGCGAGACACCACUGAAGUUCCCAGCAGCACUGUAGAGAAGCCGAGCCAGGUUUGCACAAGCUGCGAGGACAACGCAGAGGCUCGAGGCUUCUGUGUAGAGUGUGUGGAAUGGCUGUGCAAGAACUGCAUCCAGGCCCAUCAGAGGGUAAAGUUCACCAAAGACCACACUGUGCGCCAGAAGGAGGAGGUUCCGCCUGCGGUUGGAGGCAAUAGCCAGCGUCCUGUUUUUUGUCCGUUCCACAAGAAGGAGCAACUGAAACUUUACUGUGAAACCUGCGACAAAUUGACAUGUCGGGACUGUCAGCUGCAAGAGCACAAGGAGCACAGGUACCAGUUUAUUGAAGAAGCUUUUCAAAGUCAGAAGGUGAUCAUUGACACGCUAAUCUCAAAGUUGAUGGAAAAGAACAAAUACAUUAAAUUUACUGGAGACCAAAUUCAAAAUCGAAUCCUUGAAGUUAAUCAGAACCAAAAACAGGUGGAGCAGGACAUCAAAGUAGCUAUCUUUACCCUUAUGGUGGAAAUCAAUAAAAAAGGAAAGGCUCUGCUUAAUCAGUUGGAGACCCUGGCAAAGGAUCGCCGCACAAAGCUCCUCAAGCAAAAGAAUGAAGUGGAUGGUUUUUCCAAACAACUGGAACAUGUAGUGUACUUCUCCAAAUGGGCGGUGUCCAGUGGAAGCAGCACAGCAUUACUGUACAGCAAGCGGCUGAUUACAUUUCGCCUCAAGCAUUUGCUUCGUGCCCAUUGGGAUGUGGCUCCUGUGACCAAUCGUGUCCAGUUUUUGUGUGAUGCAAAUUCCUGGGCACAGAAUAUCUUCAGUCUAGGCUCCCUAGUGAUUGAAGAGGGGGAUCCGCCUCAACAGGCAACUCCUGCAGAUGGUAAAAACCCUCAUGGCACAGCACCCAGCAACCAGCUGUCCAAAUUCCCAUCCCAGAUCAGCCUGGCACAACUCCGCCUCCAACACAUGCAUCAGCAGCUCCUUGCUCAGCGCCAGCAGCAGGCACAGCGCCGACCUGUGGUGGGUGUGAACAAUCCCAGAGUACAAGGACCCAUCCAGCACCCACCACAGCCUGGAAAUCCGCAGGUCCAACGAUUUGCGAAUAUCCAAAAUAUGAAUCCGCGAGCCAACGGCAUGUUAAUAUCCAGUCAACAGGUCAGAUACCCACACAAUAACAUACCAAGAAGACCCGGGGGACCCAAUCCUGUCAGGGUGGCUUACGUGCCUCAACAUGCCAUGAAGCAGUGGCAAGUCCCUGGAAACCAAACCAUGGUUAACCCUGGCACUGGAACCUCCUCCACCCCAUCCAGCCCAACUAUCACCAGUGUGGCGGGAGGUGAUGGCAAGGUUUUCCCCUCUCCUGUUAUCGAGUUGGUGUGUUCGGCUGCUAAUUCCUUCAAUCUCCCACCAUUGCCCGAUAUUGAUAGUACAGAUAACCUCAUGGUGGACAAGAUGAUGCGGAAAGAUGUCAGAAUGGACAACCACCAUCAGAGAAUGAUAGCUCACCGAACUGUCCAGUCACCAAACUCCUCUGUGCCUUCUCCAAUAGGUGUGUCACUAGGUUCCUUGGCGGGUGUUCACCCUCCAAUGCGUUCUUCAAGUGCGUCCAGUGUGGGCAGCCGAGGAAGUUCUGGAUCUUCCAGCAAACCAAGUGGAGGAGCUGACUCCACCCACAAAGUUCCCAUUGUCCGCCUUGAGCCUAUCCGGAUCAAACCAGAGAACAAUGCUGAAAACGAAUCUUUUGAAUACCCAGUCGUAGUGGUCAAGCAAGGAAACCAGCGCCCACAGCAGCAUCCUAGAAAUGCUGAAUACACAGGAAGCAGCAUCUUAACAUCCAUGCUGCUCGAUCGGAAUGCCAAUCGCACUACCAAACCAGACUCUGCUCCAAGGAGGGACACUCCCGAUAGUACCGGUGACCGCCAUGUUGUUCAGCAGAGUACAUACCUGCGAGCCAAUGAUUGGGGCUCUCAUAAUCAGGUGACAGAGAGUGGUGGAAAGGAGGAUGACCCUAAUGAAGAUUGGUGUGCGGUGUGUCAGAAUGGAGGCGAGCUGCUGUGCUGUGAAAAGUGUCCCAAGGUUUUCCACCUCUCCUGCCAUGUGCCAACACUAAUGAACUUCCCCAGGUAA